ACGAGGAUAUUCAUUUACAAGCAAAGUAUCACAAUGAAGAUCGUCGAUCCGCAAACCGCGACACUGACAAACAUCGAGGUGCUGGCCUACCUUACAGCAAACCCUCCCCGAAAAUCACCAGAAGCACCUCCCGGAGUCAGAAAUUAUAUUCCCAAGCCUGAUCUGAGGGAUCAUUGUACCGUUGUCACUGAGAUACACAACUACGUCGAACGCAUAUCCCCUCACCUCCUCGACUAUCCACGCUAUACACACGAUCCAAACACAAACCCAACUACUCAUACCCUCCAACAACCAUCCACAGACCAACAAAAGCCGUACAUUCAACCCACGGAGCCGACACCACUAGACAACGCGUUACGGAAAGUGAUACAUGAACUUGCCCCGUACAAUCUUACAAAGGGCGAGGUGAUGAUGCUUAUCAAUCUUGGGGUGGGGAUAAAGAAGAAGAGGAAGACGGAUGAUGAUGGUGAUCAAGCUAUGGAUGUGAAUGGGGAACAGCAGCAGGCCGGAAAUGGAGAGGAGGAUGAUCUUUUUAGUGAUACAGUGUUGAUCAAUAGUAUUGUGGAGGAGAUGGAUGACAGGCUGAAUGAGGAGGAUAUGAGGAAUAUUUUCAAGAUUAUGAACGACAGUUUGGGGUGUGGGCUGUGACUUACGCUGUUCAUUUGAAAGG